GUCCAAUCCUAGUUUCCAAAAGACAGGUUUAUCUAAACUUCAGAAUUUACAACUUGUUUUCUUGCAGGAAACUGUCUCAUUCUUUUUUUCUCUUUAAGCAUUAGUCUCAAUCCACUCUUUUUCCAACAUUCAGAAUCAACAACUUUCUAUCAGAGAUGACAAAGCUGCACACAUGUUAUCCAAAAUCAGCAUCUUCAAAGCUAGGAAUUGACAGAGAUUCACACGUUAUCUCGAAACUGAAGCCGAAGAUCCGGAUAAUUCACAUAUAUGCUCCAGAAAUCAUAAAAACUGAUGCUGCAAAUUUCAGGGAGCUAGUUCAAAGACUCACAGGAAAGCCAGAAGAUGAAAGCAAAUCCAAGACUGCACCAACCAAAUCCAAGAAGGCCAUGAUGAUCAUGCAGGAAGAUGAAAAGGAGUUUCUGAGUCUGCAAAAUGGGACAGAAGUGAAGAAUGAACAUCAAAUUCAAGAGGAAGAUGCUAUGUGGAGAAGACCAAAGUCAAAUGAGAAGUUCAGUGAUCUCUUUGAGGGGUUCUCAGAAUUUGAUGGUUUUAUGGAAGUGCUAAGCAAUAAGUACUAUGCCAGUGGUUAAUUGAAAUCAAGUCCUGCUUUUGAUGUGUUGCUAAUUGUUUCUCAAAUUGAUGUUUGCAUAUUCAUCACAAAAAUCAGCUUGUAGAUUGUCAACUACUUGCUCCUGAAUCUCUAAUAGUGUGCAUGUGUAUUGAUUUUAAUUGGCCCUUUUGAUGUUGGACAAUUUAGUGAGCAUUUAUGAACAUUACUUGCCUUAAUA